ACACACAACAGUGUGUGUAAAGUAAAGUGUGUGUCUGGAUGUGUGUCUGUGGGACAUAGAGAAGCAAAGUAAAUCCCAGGUUAUGAAUAUAUAAGAAUGUAUAAAGAGUCUGUGAUGCAGAUAUAUAUCAUAAAAUGUAUAGACGUGUUGUAGAUGUUAAAGAGGAGGCGUUUGACCUUUGACCUGCAGCCAGCUGGAGAUGGAAGCAGACAGCUGACAGAGUCUGAGCCCGGCUCAGUCUGAACUUUCUCCUCGAGCAGCCGGACGACAACAUCUGACGUGGGACAUGGACAACACGGACAACACGGACGACGUGAUCCGUCCCAGCCUGGCAGCCGCUCUCAUGAAGCUCCACCCGGAGGACGGAGAACAGAUCGUGGAGUAUUUUAAAACUCACGCCCUGCUGACGAGAGAGAAAGCACUGCUGCAGGCGUCCGUCAGAGAUCAGAAGAAACUGCUGGUGGAAAACGGCAAACUGAAGAAAGACAUCGAGCAGCUCAAAGCUCAGCUGCAAGAAAAACAGAGGAGACGCACCGCGAAGGCUCUGCUCGCCACGCCCCCUCCAAUAUUAAGCCCCGCCCCCACCACGUCUGUCAGUCAAGCUCCUUCUCCUCCCUCCUCACAGGACCAGAGAGAGAGACAGACCAGAAGGAGGCGAGGGGAGAGGAAAGCUCGUCCCACCUUAGACUCUCCUACCUUAGGGGCGGAGCCUCGGGUUGACGUGUCACGGCUGGACCUGCGCGUUGGACGGAUCCUCAACAUCCGGCGCCACCCGCUGGCUGAGGGGCUGGCGGUGCAGGACGUGGACGUGGGAGAGGACGCCCCCCGCGUGGUCGUCAGCAAGCUGGAGGAGAAUACGGACUUCGAGGAGCUCCAGGGCAGCCUCGCCGUGUUGCUAUGCAACGUCAAAGCCUAUAGGAUGAAGGGACUGGUCUCUCAGGCCCGCCUCCUGUGUUGCUCUGCCUCCGAAGAUGACGGCGCAGAGCUGCUGGCUCCGCCCACGGGCUCCACCCCUGGAGACAGAGUCACCUUCCUCAACUACCCCGGUGAGCCGGACAGAGAGCUGCAGUCCAAGCAGAAGGUCUGGGAGCUCGUCCAGCCCGACCUGCAGGUGGACAGCAGGGGCGUGGCUAACUACAAAGGCUGCAGGUUUGAGGUGAAGGGCAAGGGGCUCUGCAGGGCCCCCUCCCUCACCAACGGCAUCAUCAGGUAGACGUCAUGCAGGACCAGAAGACAUGCUGAAGAUAUCACAGUGCUUUUAUUGUGAAAAACCUGCUGAUCUUACAAAAGAUGGAAACAUUUCAUUUCAGUUGAUUGUUGAUUAAAACCUCUUUGAAAUCA